AGUCGCAGUGGGAGCGGAGGUAUUCGAAGAGGAAAUUCGCAAACCGUUGGAGUCUCUCCCAUAGUUUGUGCUUGGAUACAGUCAUUGCAGAGCAUUUAUUUUAAAUAAAGCAGGGGCUAAUAUGGCGACGUUGGGACCAGACCCUCGUCCCCAUUCCCAGCUCGCUUCUGCCUCGAUACAAAGUAACAUCAGUGGCAAUAACCUGCCUCCCAACCGCGGCUUGGAAAGAGCGUUGGAAGAAGGAGCGAACUCCGGGUUUUUGAACCUCAGCGCCAGGAAACUCAAAGAAUACCCCAGGACAGCAUCUAACUACGACUUAUCAGAUACGGUGGAAGCAGACCUGUCGAGGAAUCGUUUGGCGGAGGUCCCCUUAGAGGUGUGUCACCUGGUUGCCUUGGAAAUGCUGAACCUCUAUCACAACUGUAUCAAGACCAUUCCUGACACCAUCAUCAACCUACAGUCACUCACCUCCUUAAACCUCAGUCGGAACCAGCUGUGUGCUCUGCCAGCCUCCCUAUGUGGGUUACCCCUACGAGUCCUCAUUGCCAGCAACAACAAACUGGUGUGUAUACCUGAGGCCAUCGGACAGCUCAGGAGCCUCAUGGAGCUGGAUGUGAGCUGUAAUGAGAUCACUGCUCUGCCCCGUCACAUCGGCCGACUCAAGGCCCUCCGAGAACUCAACGUCCGCAGGAACCUGCUCUGUGUCCUACCUGAAGACUUGGCGGAGCUUCCCCUGGUGAAGUUUGAUUUCUCCUGUAACAAGGUGUCCACCAUCCCAGUGUGCUACAGGAAAAUGUCCCAGCUCCAGUCACUACAGCUGGAGAACAACCCCCUACAGAGCCCACCUGCACAGAUCUGCAUAAAGGGAAAAGUUCACGUAUUUAAGUACCUGAGCAUCGAGGCGUGUCGGAGUGACAAGAUGCCUGACUCUCUCUACCUGCCUGUCAUGGAGCGCCUCAGCCUAUCACGCCCCACCACUGGCAGCACGGAGGACAUUGACCAGAAUAAGAAACAGGACACUGACUCAGGAGUUGGCAGUGACAACGGGGACAAGAGACUGUCUGCCACCGAGCCCUCAGACGAGGACAGCUUGAGUCUCAAUGUCCCAAUGUCCCACAUCACAGAGGAGGAGGGGCUAAGCAAAGACGACUCCAACGAACACAUCAGCGCCCUCACAGCGGACGGGGUGCGACUGAUAGAGGAGAGCCCCACUGAGGCCCUGAAGGAACAGUUUGGCUACAGAGACUCUUCUGCUCUCAGCAACUGCUUUGUCAGCUACAUCAAGGGACGGGCGGCAGACUACGACGAGCCCCUCAGGAUAGAAGAAGAAACACACUGGGCCUCUGAACAGACGUCAAAGGUCACAGAAGGAACACACAUUGCCAUGAUCAACCAGCUGAAGGAGGCUGUGGAGCUACUACAAGACCCUAACAGAGUGAAUAUGGAAACAGAGGACCUGUCUGGAAUUCAGCUCUACCCUGUUGAGAUGGUCAUGUUGGAGGACACUCUCAACGGCCAAGGCAGUGAAGGACAAACCACACCCAAGUGGGACACUCCCGAAGGUGGCUUUGAGUUCCAGAAGAAACGAGAGUUGAUUCUAGAGAGGGCCAGGCUGGAGGCCCAGCUUGCAUGCCAACAAUAUGAGACACAUAUGUCCAACCAGGGAGAAGACAGAGUUCCAGGCAGCGGUCCCACGUUUACCACCCCUGCCUUUGGGCUGAAGCCCCGUUCUGCCCCCGCCUCACUGCCCUGCUCGCCCCCGCUCUGUCUCCGCCCCCUCCUCACACAGGCCCCGUCCAUCGAUAGAGACACUCCCCCUAGACCAGGCGAUGGAGGCAUGCACAGCAGUGUAUUCCUGAGGACCCAUAAGAGCCUGGAGUCUGUUGACCCUCAGUUCACCAUGAGGAGGAAGAUGGAACAGCUGAGAGAAGAGCUGGAGCUGAUGGAACAACUCAGAGACAGCAUAGAGAGCAGACUGAAGGUGGCUCUUCCUGAAGACCUAGGCUCCUCCCUCAUGGACGGGGUGGUGCUAUGCCAUCUGGCCAAUCACAUUCGCCCACGCUCCGUGGUCAGCAUCCAUGUGCCCUCGCCUGCUGUGCCCAAACUCAGCAUGGCCAAGUGUCGGCGGAACGUAGAGAACUUCCUGGAUGCCUGUAGGAAAAUGGGCGUUCCUGAGGAUAAGCUGUGUUUGCCUCAUCACAUACUAGAGGAGAAGGGUAUGAUCAAGGUGAGCGUGACGGUCCAGGCGCUGGUGGAUGAGACCUCAACCAAGCAGGCUCUCUUCACGUGAGAGGGAAGGAGACCAACAUAUAGACAGACACACACCCCUUAGUCUGGGGUUCAUUUAGUCAAAGUGACGAACACCGUUGCCAUUGUACCUCCUGAAAUAGCCUUUUCCAAGGGGCUGUAGCCUGUAUCACAGUCUUCCUUUCGUGAUUCUUACAACCAUGGUUUCAAGUUAUAAUGUGAUGCAUGGGGUGCCCUAAAACACAGUAGUGGGCUGUACUAAUGUGGAUAUUCAAAGCUGACAGAGGUGUCCACAUGGAUGGUUUUUAAUUCUUACAGGAGUGCCCUGGUUUGUUAUGGGAGCCUCCAGUACCCUUGGACACUCCUGUAGCUUGAACCCUGCCUACAACAACUUAUAGCAUGUUGCACUGUGUAUGAUUGACUAUGCAUUUCAUGGGCUGUCAGUUUCUACCCCUCUAUUUCUAAGGCCAGGUAUUAUCACCCUCACUAAUUUCAGACUAGACACCUAACACUCCAACAUAGCGGUCGCUCUGCUACAGCUUCCCUAUUUAAAGAUAUUUAUAAUAAAUAUGGCCACGUGGUUGAGAGUUGUAUCCAUUGAAAAUAAUCCCCCAAAUAUUUUUCUCUAAUAGCUAAUAUAUUUUAGGUAUAGUUCUGUAUACUGUAUGUUUUACUUUGAAUUUGUCUCUCACCUCGUCUGUAGAGGUUGAAAUGUUGUCCUAAGAUUGUGGGAACCUGGUGUUUAUGAAUUGGAAUCUGUGGGUAUGUAACUCAGGGAGGAGGUUGUAGGCUUACUACACUGUUAUGAUCCAUUCCCUAGACUGCUUAUUUGUCAAUGGUAUUACUUGCGUGUGGUGUGUGUGUGACUGCAUGCGUGAGAGACAGAAGAAAAGCGUUAGAUGGAAUGAAAAAGAGCGAAUGAAUGGGUUUGUAUAUCCUAGUACAUUCUAUACUGCUAAAUAGCCUUGAAGUGUCUGGUGAUGCUGACCAUGUCAGGUGGUCAUGUAGGACCAGCAAAGUAACUGAAAUGCAUUCACUGAUUUAGAGACACUGUUGGCAGCAUCUGAAGAGUAGUGCUUGAGUGCCCAAUAUCCUACUACUACACAAACAGCAUAACACUCCAAUAUAAGCAUACUAGGUGUGUGUGUGAGUGAGCAGUGGUGUUUUUUUUAUUGUACAGAUAUAAUGCAUUUUCUACAGCUUGGUAUCCAAAGCUUAAGCUUAGCAGUAAAAUCAAACACAUUGUUUCACUGGAUAGAUUUGACAGUUGCCAAAACAACUAAACAGUUUUUUUUCAGAGCCACUUAUGAUCUAAUGUCUUUAGUAUGGUAAUAUCUUUUUAUGAGAAGUGGUGAUGUGAAGCUGUAAUGUGAUGAUAGUUUGUGCAAGUGGGUUUCGUAUUUAGAAAGUAUUUCUAACUUUAUUAAUAUUUUAGUUAAACUAACAGUCACUGCCAUACAUAAACAGCCACACUUCUCAGGCAAAGUGACCAAUCUCUUAAAAUCAGGAUCUGGAGUGAUCUGGUUAACAUGGCUAUAAUGCAAAGUAAUCAUAUUUACAACAGUACCACAAUUCAUGUACAGCGAACUGCCAAAACCGCUUCAAUACACUUAAUGCGCCUUGGCUGGAACUCUUGGAGGGAUGCAAUGCCAUUCUUCCACAAUUUGGUGUUUUGUUGAUGGUGGUGGAAAACGUUGUCUCAGUCGCCUCUCCAGGAUCUCCCAUAAGUUUUCAAUUGAGUUGAGAUCUGGUGACUGACACACGCACACACACACUUAAAAUGAUGGGCAACUGGGAAUUUUUCUACAUACAUGACCCUAAGCAGGAUGAGAUGUCUUAAUUGCUUAAUUAACUCAGGAAUCACACCUGUGUCGAAGCACCUGCUUUCAAUAUACUUUGUAUCCCUCAUUUACUCAAGUGUUUCCUUUAUUUGAUCAAUUACCUGUAUAUAUUGUAGCUUAUAUUUAAAAUAAUUCACAAUGCAUAAAAAAUAUUUUAAAAAAUAUGCACAUUAAUGCUACUUUAAUACUCAAAGUAAUUGCCUUUCCACUUAGCUAAAUAUAACUACUAACGGGUAAAAAUACCAGUAACCCCUUCUCCCAGUUCUAACGUUUUCUUCAAUAUUUUUAUGAUCGACCAGAGAGAUGUGGAGACUGAAGGGAAAUGUGACAGGGAUAUUUGUUAAGAGAAAGUUGCUGUGUAGAUUGUUUCACUUUUAGUCAUUAUGGAGGUUUGGGCCAUGCGCUGCAAACCUUUUUAGAAACUUAACGAGGGGACUUUACAUGAAAAUAGAUCAUUACUUUACUAUUCAUUGAUUAGUCAUUCAAUCCUUUUGACCCUUUGGGAGGUUGAUGUUUAUUGUCAUGAAUCUUGCCCUGGAGACAGAAUUAAGGAUUUAUGCUAGAUGGGCCAGCUGCAAAGUCAAAGUUGGCUAUAUUGAAAAAAUUCAGAGGUUUUUAAAUUUAUGUUUGGGCAUUAGGGUUAGCAGUGUGGUUAUGGUUCAAAUCUGAUAUGACUUUGUGGCUGUGCCAGCUAGUGACCACUCUGCAGAGCAAGAUUCAUUACAAUAAAUGCCAACCUGCCUUUGGGAGUGGCUGUGUGGCUGCCUACAGGCCUGAAAUGAUCUGCACUUUAAAAAUAAGUAUUUAUAGUUGUUUGUUUUGGCAACUAACAAAUCUGAGCUCCAUUUUGAUUUAGAAAUGUGUGUAUGGCAUAAUAUGAAAUGAAUUUGAACUAUAUCAUUGUGAGAAAUGUUAUAACCACAGUGUAACUGUUGACUGCUGAGUGUUGAGCAGUUGUUUUCUACCUUUCUCUGUACAUAGUCCUGAAAGCUUGUACUCAGUUUUGUACUUAUGAUUGGGAGGACAUUUAUUUUAAAGUGAUGGUUUUUUUGUAUGUUUUUUUUUUGCAUUUUGAUGUACCAUAUACAAUUUUGUACCAUUUGUCAAAUUGGUGUAUUUGUUGUACAGCAAUUUGGAUUUGAUUGCAUGAAACACCCCUUUAACGUCACCGUAACUGCUGUGAAUACUCUAUAUAUUUCUCAUCACUUUGAGUAAAGACCUUAUCUGAAAAAAA